AUGUACCCCUCUCCUGAGGUUGGACAACAUAGUGGUAAGGAUGACGAUUCCUCAAGUUCUGAGAAGGACUUGGCUGCUGAAGGGUUGUGCUCUCUAUGGCAAACCGUGUCUGAAAAAGGAAAAUUUGUGGCAUCUAAAACUGCCAACGCUUCCCACUCUGAGAAGCACGAUGUGAUUGAUCUAGAGGAUGGUAGCUCUGAUGAUCAAGAGGAAAGCUUACUUCAUCACCUUAAGCCAAGUGUGGCUAAACACAUGAAGACUCGCAAAGGAAGAUCUGUAGCUAAACUUAUCUCAGCUAGAAAAUCUAAGAAGACUGCUGGUAUUGGUCCCUCCAAAUCUUGGAGCAAGGUUGAAGUGAAGAAGAGGAACAUCAGAGAUGAUUCUGAGUCUGAAGAGGAUGUUGAGGAAGAUGUCUCUAACAUCUCGCUUGUGAAGAAAACCAUUGUUAGGAAGUCUCCUGAGAGGGUGGCUGUGGAAAGGGAGUUGGGAAGAGAUCUUGUUGAUGUCAAGGAGGUCAUGGACCUGAUAAAAGCUGCUGGGCUGUUGAAGACUGUUGAUGGGUUCUCUCAAUGCUAUGAAGGUUUAGUGAAGGAAUUUAUUGUUAACAUUUCUGAGGACAUUUCUGAUAAGAAUAGCAAGGAAUUUUGCAAGGUGUAUGUGAGGGGUAAGUGUAUAUCAUUUUCUCCUACUAUUAUUAAUAAUUUUCUAGACAGAUAUAAUAAGGGUGCUGGAGAACUAGAAGUUACAAACAAUCAGGUCUAUAGGGAGAUCACAGCUAGGCAAGUGAACGUUUGGCCUAUUAAAAAGCAUUUUCCUUCUGGGAAGUUGACUGUUAAGUAUGCUAUCUUGCACAAAAUAGGAGUUGCUAAUUGA